AUGGCUCCUCGACCGGGCAAAGAACCAGCUAAUGACUGGACACACUUUCAACAAUUCCUGGAAGAUUUCCAGGAAAAUUUUCAUGAUGAAAUCCGCAGAACCUUGGCUGAAUCAAUUCAGACUGGAGUUCAAGCCGGAGUUCAAGCCGCGCUUACGAAAAACGCAGCAAACGCACCAAUCGCAAACCCGACGCAGAGACAAAACCGCAACCACAGCCCUGUUUUCGAAGAACAGGAAGACGACGACCUGGACAACCCAUUCGGGGAUCAACCUCGUCAUCAACAUCAUCAUCGACAGCACCAUCGUGACGAUGCACCUCGCUGGACUUCGGGUUUAAAGAUUGAUAUCCCUGAGUUUCACGGCGGUUCGCAACCUGAGGACUUACUCGACUGGUUUGUAACUGUCGAAGAAUUCAUUGAAUUCAAAGACGUCCCGGAGCAGAAGAGAGUACCUCUUGUCACAACUCGUUUCCGUGGUCAUGCCGCCGCAUGGUGGAGUCAACUAAAACUAUCACGUACUCGACGAGGGAAAGAGAAGAUCUCAUCAUGGGAUAAGUUAAAAAAACAUAUGCGCAAGACAUUCAUUCCCUACAACUAUGAGAGUCUUCUUUUGCAAAAAUUCCACAACAUUCGUCAAGGCUCGCGUUCCGUAGAAGACUAUUCGAAUGAAUUUUAUCAGAUGCUCACUCGGAUAGACAUACAGGAUUCCGAGGACCAGCUAGUGGCACGUUAUAUUGCAGGGUUACGAACUCAACUUCAGACGAUGCUUCAUCAAUUUGACCCGAGUUCAGUUUCUGAAGCACGACAACGAGCACUCCUGGUGGAACAACAAAAUCGCUACAGCACCAAUUCAUGGAACAACAACUCAAAACCACACACGACGACAACAGACGAAACCAAACUAUCUGCGAGUCGUGAUGCUACACAGACCACACAGAACCCUGCUCGAGCAACGGACAAUAACACAACACACGUCGAAGGCAGACCCUCACGACCAAACGCCCUACGCUGUUUCACUUGCGGUGAAAGAGGUCAUAUUCAAACUGCUUGUCCGACCUUAGGACGUCGUGGUCUACUCGCCACAGAAACAGAGGUCACUGGAGACCCUAUCUAUGACGACGAGGACGAGCAACUAGAGGAGCUCGACGAGGAACAGGUCGCAGGCGACACCGGCACCAUGCUCAUGUUACGUCGCAACUGCUUCGCUCCUAAAACAAGUGAGGCAUGGCAACGAACUUCAUUGUUCAGUUCGACUUGCACGGUCAAGGGUAAAAUAUGUCGAUUUGUGGUCGACUCUGGUUGUUCCGCUAACGUCAUCUCAGAGGAAGCAGUGCGAAAAUUAGCACUCCCAUCCGAAGCCCACCCACACCCAUACCGUCUCUUGUGGAUGCAGACAGGAGCUGAGGUCUUCGUCUCCAAACGAACUUCAGUUACUUUUACCAUAGGAUCCUUCUACAAAGACACCUUUUAUUGUGAUAUAGCUCCAAUGGACGUAUCACACAUAAUCCUUGGACGUCCUUGGCAGUACGAUCGCGAGGUUAUUCACAACGGCAAAACCAAUACUCAUUCGUUUAUAUUCCAAGGUCGGAAAAUUACGUUACUACCGUCACCCGAGAAAGACCUCACGACCAGCACCAGCCAACAACAACCAGAAUCCAAGCAAAACUUGUUGAUUAUCUCGAGAGCACAAUUUGAACUCGAGCUGCGUGCUUCACGUCCUAUCUUUGCUCUGGUUGCAACGUCUCCAGCAACAAUACAACAGCAACCAGCGCCACCUGCCUUUUUGCCACUAUUGAAAGAGUUCGACGAUCUUUUUCCGACUGACCUCCCAGCUGGUUUGCCGCCACUUCGUGAUAUACAACAUCAAAUUGAUCUUGUACCUAAUGCGGUUUUACCAAAUCGGGCACAUUACCGGAUGAGUCCUGAAGAGCACGAGGAACUUCGUCGGGAAGUAGAGGAUUUACUUAACAAAGGUUACGUACGGGAAAGCUUGAGCCCCUGCGCCGUACCGGCUUUGUUGAUACCAAAGAAAGAUCGUUCCUGGCGAAUGUGCGUUGACAGCAGAGCUAUCAACAAAAUCACGACCUGUUACAGGUUUCCUAUCCCUCGCCUUGAUGACUUACUGGAUCAGAUCGGUAAAGCAUCAAUUUUUACUAAACUCGAUCUUAAAAGCGGCUAUCAUCAAAUUCGUAUCCGUCCGGGUGAUUAG